AUGGUUGGGCGGGCGGUGUGUUGUCAUCUGCGGAGCGACGGCCGGAGGCGGCGGCGUAGGCCCCGGCGGGGCGUUUGGUUUCGGUUUGGCCCUGACUUGAGUUAGUACUGACGGUCGAAAUGGGAGUCCCCAAGUUUUAUCGAUGGAUCUCGGAGCGGUAUCCCUGCCUCAGCGAAGUGGUGAAGGAGCAUCAGAUUCCUGAAUUUGAUAACUUAUACCUGGAUAUGAAUGGAAUUAUACAUCAAUGUUCCCAUCCUAAUGAUGAUGAUGUUCACUUCAGAAUUUCAGAUGAUAAAAUCUUUACUGAUAUUUUUCACUACUUGGAGGUGUUGUUUCGCAUUAUUAAACCUAGGAAAGUGUUCUUCAUGGCCGUUGACGGUGUGGCUCCUCGAGCAAAGAUGAACCAGCAGCGUGGGAGGCGUUUUAGGUCAGCAAAGGAGGCAGAAGACAAAAUUAAAAAGGCAAUAGAAAAAGGAGAAACUCUUCCUACAGAGGCCAGAUUUGAUUCCAACUGCAUUACACCAGGGACUGAAUUCAUGGCCAGGUUACACGAACAUCUGAAGUAUUUUGUAAAUAUGAAAAUUUCUACAGACAAGUCGUGGCAAGGAGUUACCAUCUAUUUCUCAGGCCAUGAGACUCCUGGAGAAGGAGAACAUAAAAUCAUGGAAUUUAUCAGAUCCGAGAAGGCAAAGCCAGAUCAUGAUCCAAACACCAGACACUGUCUUUAUGGCUUAGAUGCUGACUUGAUUAUGCUUGGAUUAACAAGUCAUGAGGCACAUUUCUCUCUUUUAAGAGAAGAGGUUCGGUUUGGUGGCAAAAAGACACAAAGGGUAUGCGCACCAGAAGAAACCACAUUUCACCUUCUACACUUGUCUUUAAUGAGAGAGUAUAUUGACUAUGAGUUUUCAGCAUUAAAAAACAAGAUCACAUUUAAAUAUGAUAUUGAAAGGAUAAUAGAUGAUUGGAUUUUGAUGGGAUUUCUUGUUGGCAAUGAUUUUAUCCCUCAUCUACCUCAUUUACAUAUUAAUCAUGAUGCACUGCCUCUUCUUUAUGGAACAUAUAUUACCAUCCUGCCAGAACUUGGGGGUUAUAUUAAUGAAAGUGGGCAUCUCAACUUACCUCGAUUUGAGAAAUACCUUGUGAAACUAUCAGAUUUUGAUCGAGAGCACUUCAGUGAAGUUUUUGUGGACCUAAAGUGGUUUGAAAGCAAAGUUGGUAACAAGUACCUCAAUGAAGCAGCAGGUGUCGCAGCAGAAGAAGCCAAGAACUACAAGGAAAAGAAAAAAUCAAAGGGCCAGGAAAACUCAAUAUGUUGGGCUGCUUUAGACAAAAAUGGAGAAGUGGUAACUUCUAAGGACAAUUUAGAAGAUGAGACUGAAGAUGAUGACUUGUUUGAAACCGAGUUUAGACAAUAUAAAAGAACAUAUUACAUGACAAAGAUGGGAGUUGACGUAGUUUCUGAUGACUUUCUGGCUGAUCAAGCUGCAUGUUAUGUUCAGGCGAUACAGUGGAUUUUGCAUUAUUACUAUCAUGGAGUUCAGUCCUGGAGCUGGUUUUAUCCAUACCAUUAUGCGCCUUUCCUAUCUGAUAUCCACAACAUCAGUACACUCAAAAUCCAUUUUGAACUAGGAAAACCUUUUAAGCCAUUUGAACAGCUUCUUGCUGUACUUCCAGCAGCUAGCAAAAAUUUACUUCCUACAUGCUACCAGCAUUUGAUGACAAAUGAAGACUCGCCAAUUAUAGAAUAUUAUCCACCUGAUUUUAAAACUGACCUAAAUGGGAAGCAACAGGAAUGGGAAGCUGUGGUUCUAAUACCUUUUAUUGAUGAGAAGCGAUUGUUGGAAGCCAUGGAGACAUGCAACCACUCCCUGAAAAAAGAAGAGAGGAAAAGAAACCAACAUAGUGAGUGCCUGAUGUGCUGGUAUGAUAGCGAGACAGAGUUCAUGUACCCCUCUCCGUGGCCAGAAAAGUUCCCUGCCAUAGGACGAUGCUGCGCAAGGUAUAGAAUAAUAUCAUUAGAUGCUUGGCGUGUAGACAUAAGCAAAAACAAAAUAACCAGGGUUGACCAAAAGGCAUUAUAUUUCUGUGGAUUUCCUACUUUGAAACACAUCAAACACAAAUUUUUUUUGAAGAAAAGUGGGGUUCAAGUAUUCCAGCAAAGCAGUCGUGGAGAAAACAUGAUGUUGGAAAUAUUAGUGAAUGCAGAAUCAGAUGAACUUAGUGUAGAAAAUAUAGCUUCAUCAGUGCUUGGGAAGUCUCUCUUUGUCAAUUGGCCUCAUCUUGAAGAAGCUAGAGUUGUUGGUGUAUCAGAUGGAGAAACUAAGUUUUACUUGGAAGAACCUGCAGGAACACAGAAACUUUAUUUGGGAAGAACUGCACCACCCUCUAAAGUGGUCCAUCUUGGAGACAAAGAACAAUCUAACUGGACAAAAGAAGUACAAGGAAUUUCAGAAUACUACCUGAGAAGAAAAGGAAUAAUAAUAAAUGAAACAUCUGCAGUUGUAUAUGGUCAGUUACUCACAGGUCGUAGAUAUCAAGUAAAUCAAAAUGGUGAAGUCCGUCUAGAGAAACAGUGGUCAAAACAAGUUCUUCCAUUUGUUUAUCAAACUAUUGUCCAAGACAUCCGAGCUUUUGACUCCCGUUUCUCCAAUAUUAAAACAUUGGAUGACUUGUUUCCUCCUAGAAGUAUGGUCUUUAUGCUGGGAACACCCUAUUAUGGAUGCACUGGAGAAGUUCAGGAUUCAGGGGAUGUGAUUACAGAAGGCAGGAUUCGUGUGGUUUUCAGUAUUCCAUGUGAACCCAAUCUUGAUACUUUAAUACAAAACCAGCAUAAAUAUUCUAUAAAGUACAACCCAGGAUAUGUGUUGGCCAGUCGCCUUGGAGUGAGUGGAUACCUUGUUUCAAGGUUUACAGGAAGUAUUUUUAUUGGAAGAGGAUCUAGGAGAAACCCUCAUGGAGACCAUAAAGCAAAUGUGGGUUUGAAUCUCAAAUUCAACAAAAAAAAUGAGGAGGUACCUGGAUAUACUAAGAAAGUUGGAAGUGAAUGGAUGUAUUCAUCUGCAGCAGAACAACUUCUUGCAGAGUACUUGGAGAGAGCUCCAGAACUGUUUAGUUAUAUAGCCAAAAAUAGCCAAGAGGAUGUGUUCUAUGAAGACGACAUUUGGCCUGGAGAAAAUGAGAAUGGUGCUGAGAAAGUUCAAGAAAUUAUUACUUGGCUAAAGGGACAUCCUGUCAGUACUUUGUCUCGUUCUUCUUGUGAUUUACAAAUUCUGGAUGCAGCUAUUGUUGAGAAAAUUGAAGAAGAAGUUGAAAAGUGCAAGCAAAGAAAGAAUAAUAAGAAGGUUCGAGUGACAGUGAAGCCCCAUUUGCUAUACAGACCUUUAGAACAGCAACAUGGAGUCAUUCCUGAUCGGGAUGCAGAAUUUCGUCUCUUUGACCGAGUUGUAAAUGUGAGAGAGAACUUUUCCGUUCCAGUUGGCCUUCGGGGCACCAUCAUAGGAAUUAAAGGGGCUAAUAGAGAAGCUGAUGUACUAUUUGAAGUGUUAUUUGAUGAAGAAUUUCCUGGAGGUUUAACAAUAAGGUGCUCACCUGGUAGAGGUUAUCGACUGCCAACAAGUGCCUUGGUGAACCUUUCUCAUGGGAGUCGCUCUGAAACAGGAAAUCAGAAGUUGACAGCCAUUGUGAAACCACAGCCAGCUGUGAAUCACUAUAGCUCAAGUUCAUCAAUUUCAUCUGGGCAUUUGGGAGGUCUGAACCAUUCCCCUCAAUCACUUUUUGUUCCUACUCAAGUACCUGCUAAAGAUGAUGAUGAAUUUUGCAACAUUUGGCAAUCCUUACAGGGAUCUGGAAAGGUUCAACACUUUCAGCCACCUCUACAAGAGAAGGGUGCAGUUCUACCUCAAGAAAUAAGUCAAGUAACUCAACAUCACAAAUCUGGCUUUAAUGAGAACAGUGUUAAGCAAAGAAAACAUGAGCCUCACAGAAAAUUUAAAGAAGAGUGUAAGAGUCCUAAAACUGAGAGUCGGUCACAAAAAAUAUCAAAUAGGCAGCCUAAUCCUGGAAUUGAGAACUUCUUAGCAUCCUUGAAUAUCUCCAAAGAAAAUGAAGUACAGUCAUCUCAUCAUGAAGAGCCUCCAAGCGAAGAACAUUUGUCACCACAGUCAUUUGCUAUGAAGGGAACUCGGAUGCUUAAAGAAAUUCUAAAAAUUGAUGGCUCUGACACUGUGGACCAUAAGAAUGAGAUGAAACAAUUUGGUAAUGAAGUCACUGUUUCCUCCAAUAGAAGAGAUGAAUAUGGAUCUUCCUCACAGCCUAAACAAAGUAAGAAAUUAACAUCUUAUAUGAACAAGCCUCACAGUGCUAGUGAGUACCGUAAUGUUCAGUCUGUGGACAGUGUGUGCUGGCCUGCUGCCAGCCAGAUUCCUCCUGUGUCCACACCAGUAACUGAACUUUCUCGAAUUUGUUCCCUUGUUGGAAUGCCACAACCAGAUUUCUCCUUUCUGAGAACACCACAGACAAUGACAGUUUGCCAGGUAAAAUUAUCUAACGGCUUACUGGUACAUGGGCCACAGUGCCAUUCUGAAAAUGAAGCCAAGGAAAAAGCUGCACUUUUUGCUUUACAACAAUUGGGCUCCUUAGGAGUGAAUUUCCCUUUGCCUCCACCAAUAUUUCCAAGUUAUCCUCCUGCUGUACCACCUGGAACCAUUCCUCCAGUUUUUCCCCAACCUACUGCUAAUAUAAUGCCCUCAUCAUCUCAUCUCUAUGGCUCAAUGCCAUGGGCACCACCAGUGCCAGUUCCUGGGAAGCCCUUCCAUCAUACUUCAUAUGCUGGGACCAUGCCCAUGGCUGGAGGAAUGCCAGCUGGUGUGCACAAUCAGUUCAUACCUCUACAGGUAACUAAAAAAAGGGUUGCAAACAAAAAGAAUUUUGAGAACAAGGAUGCCCAGAGUUGUCAAGCCACCCUACUUCAGACUAGCCAGUCAGCAUCUUCUGAUGUCACCAAAGUGAUUCCACAGGAGAGUUUAUCAGCUUCCUUAAAGUCCCCUCAGAUUACUCAACUUGCAUCUCCUUUUCAAGUUGAAGCUGCCUCCCCAGGCCAUAGUAUGUCUCACCAUAAGUCAACACCAAGCUCCUCAAGAAGAAAAUCAAGAAAACUGGCUGUCAAUUUUGGAGUUUCUAAACCUUCUGAAUAAAUUUGGUACUUGGAAUUAAAUUAAUUUCAUUCCUUUCCUCCCACCUUUUUAUAAAUCCAUAUCUGUGUCUCAUAAAAAAUUACAGUGUACUAUUUUAAAACAAUAUAUUUCAAUUAAAAUUUUUUAAAUUUUUAGUUGUCAGGCACUUUUCAUGCUAUUUAAAAGACUAUACAUCAAAUUGUGCAUCUUAAGUAUGUGCAAUUUGUUUUACAUCAAUUAUACCUCAGUAAAGCUGUAAAAAAAAGACUAAAUUCAACCUUGUGUUAAAAUAGUAUCAACGGACUAAGCAUUCAGAUGUACCACUC